CCACAAAUCAGGUGGGAAUGUAUGUGGCUGACUGACCAACCUGGUAUUGACUGUUGGGUCAAAAGAAGCUUCAUUCCAGCUGGAAACCAGGAAGAUUCUCAACUUGCCUUUGCAGUUAUCUCUUUCUCUUCAUCUGUGCAGCUUACGUUGCCCAUCUGCUAAGCUACUGUUGUGUGCGGCCCUGCGUUGGCGUAGAAAUUUCUUUUUUUGUAGUGACUGAUUGCUCCCGUGUUGGAAUGCUGAAUUGACAGAGGGAAUACGUUUUCAACCUAAUGGCUUCAAAUCCACCCGAAAUUAGACAACAUGUUAUCGACAACGCUGCGAAAGCGAAGGUCGGCAUUGAGCAUUACUAUGACAAUUUAAUCAACCAGCACGAAGAAAGGCAGGCUCGGCUAAGAAAUUUGGAUCGUCAACUGGCUGAAGCUGGAAAGGCAAUAACCGAAGAUGAGAGAACAUCACGGCGUCUCCAGCAAGCGGUCAGAGAAACUGAGUUCCUGCGUCUCAAACGAGCCCGCCUCGGACCUAACGAUUUUGAGUCCCUAAAAGUCAUCGGCCGUGGUGCCUUUGGAGAGGUUCGCCUCGUUCAGAAGAAUGACACGGGGCAUGUCUACGCAAUGAAAACCCUUCGGAAGUCGGACAUGUUGGCGAAGGAGCAGGUUGCCCAUGUGCGUGCAGAACGUGAUGUUCUCGUCGAGGCUGACAACCCGUGGGUCGUUAAGCUUUACUUCUCGUUCCAGGAUCAAGUGAAUCUCUAUCUAAUCAUGGAGUUUCUACCCGGCGGUGACAUGAUGACACUGUUGAUAAAGCAGGACACGCUAUCGGAGCCGGUUACGCGCUUCUACGCAGCGGAGGCGGCACUGGCGAUCGACUCUAUUCACCGGCUCGGCGUAAUACAUCGUGACAUUAAGCCGGAUAACCUGCUGCUGGACAGCCGCGGUCACCUCAAGCUCUCCGACUUUGGCCUGUGCACCGGACUCAAGAAGGCGCAUCGCACGGAGUUCUAUCGCGACCUGAGCACACCGACGGCGUUCACCUCCUCGCAGCAGGACUCCAAGCACCGUGCCUUGAGCUGGAAGAAGAACCGGCGUGCGCUGGUCAACUCCACGGUGGGCACACCGGACUACAUUGCACCGGAAGUGUUCAUGCAGCAGGACUAUAGCAAGACGUGUGACUGGUGGUCUCUCGGCGUUGUCAUGUAUGAAAUGUUAAUCGGGUAUCCUCCCUUCUGCUCAGAGGAUGCGAAAGAAACUUACAGGAAGGUGAUGCACCAUAGGACAACUCUAGUCUUCCCUGUGGAAGUACCCAUUUCCCCCGACGCAGAGAGCCUAAUAAGAGGACUUAUCUGUGAUGCUGAUAAUCGGCUUGGGCGUGGUGGCCUCCACGAGUUGCAGGCACACCCGUUCUUCAACGGCAUCGACUGGGAACAUAUUCGUGAUCGACCAGCCGCUCUCGGUGUUGAGGUCAAGUCGAUUGAUGAUACGUCCAACUUUGAUGAGUUCCCAAAUGAUGAGCUCAAACUGCCAGUUGUAGAUCCCCAAGCAGAAAAAGGAGAUGACCGUGAUUGGGUAUUUAGCAAUUAUACAUUCAAGCGGUUUGAAGGCCUCACCCAACGCGGAUUCAAGCUUUAGCUCUCCAGUGAGAACAUGUAGGUCGAGUAGAACUUUGACUGACUCGAAUUGAGCAUUGGUUCUCUGUCACAACUGAACCGCGCUAUGUUUUUUUUUUUUAAUUAUCCUGCUAAUGUGUGGUGUGCCACCACCUAUGGGGAUGUGCACAUUACGUUUAGUAGCUGAUCACUGGUGCGCUGCGUCAAUUUGCUGCAUAACACAUUGACUUAUCCUCUCUCGCUUUCUUCUUUCGCUCCGCUCCCGGCGUGCGCACCUGGUGCGUGCAUGCACUCGUGGGCGGAGUACCGCAUCAUUCUAGUUGUUGAUAUCAGAGUGGGCCACACCCACACAUGAUAUACCACACCGUUGCCAAUCAGCGAAACGGGUUCUUUUAGUAUUUAUGCACAGUCCCUUUCCAGGACUUAGCUCCCCUUCCCGUCCCUCCAAUCCCCAAGAAAUUGCUUUUAGAAGCUCACCCUAAAAUGGACUCCACGCUUACCUACACAUGUAUAAUUGAUCCAUCGCCAACAGGCCCCAUUCUGCUUCACCACAUCAUUUCAGUAGUCCGCAUCUACCGCACGUAUUUCUUUAUUCCGCUCCUUUGCAUCUGGCCUUGACUGUCUGCCCUGUUUUCAUCCUCCUCAUGUAGCUCUUCUCCUUGUUCCUGCUGUUGCCACUCACGUUCGCUGGUGUGCAUUGCUGCGGAUGUGUUUGGUGUGUGUGUGCGUGUGUGUGUAUGGUGUGUGUGUGUAUGGUGUGUGUGUGUAUGUGUGUGUGUAUGGUGCGUGUGUGUUUGUGUGCACGCGUGUGUGUGUGUGCACGCGUAUGUGCGUGUGUGUGUGUGUAUGCGUGCAUAUGUGUGUGUGUGCGUGUGUGUUUGUGUGUGUGUGUUGCCCUUCACCUGUUCGCCUCAGUGUGUUAUGCUUGCACCCGGUGCUAUACUGAUUUGAUAGUUUGUUGUCGCUGUCGUCGUCGUCGUUGUUUUCAUUGUCGUCAUUGUUGCUUUAUUGCUUUAUUGCUAAAAUUUGCCCAGUUUGGAGCAGUUGAAAUGCGAAAACUUCGUUAACCCCAA